GCUUUGAUAUUUGGAAACAAAAAGAAACUAUGGAGGACAGUGUGGGAAACCAAAUGAUGAGAAAUGGAAGCUCUAGAAAGGGUAGCUUUAGGUUGGGUUUGGGAUUGAAUGGAGCAAAAGAUCACACAGUGAUUGAGCUUGGUAGCAUUGACACACAUAGACUUCUCCUAGCUGGUGCUGGUGGAGAGAGAGAAAAACAGCGACCUCUUACAAACACUCUCUCUCCCAGACAAAUGAAAUCCCUCUCUGCUCUCUGUGACACCAUUUUACCCUCACUCGACCACUUUGUUCAUACCUCCGAUGAAUCUGUCGCCAACUUCUACCGAAUUUCAGCUUCCCUCGCUGGAACACCUCAACGUCUUGGUGGUGUGAUAUGUGAGCAAUUGAAGCACCCAAUGACAGAGUUAUUGAAGUUGGUGUUAUGGCUAUUGUCUACAUGGUUUGGGACAAUCAUUUUCUGUGGCAUGGCGUGUCUUUCAACCCAAUUCCCCUUCAUCCACAGCUAUCCUGAAUUGUCUUUUCAGAAACGCCAACAGAUUAUGCAAUCAUGGUCUCUAAGUUACCUUCGUCACUUCAAGAUGUUGUUCAGGACCAUCAAACUUCUCACUCUCUUAAUCUUCUUCACUCAGAUAGAUGAAUCAGAAGAGAAUGUUUCAUGGAAAGCAAUUGGAUACUGUGGACCUGAUCCAGAAUUCAAAGCACAGCUAAAGAACCACUUUUUGCACGGAACAUCAAAAGGAGGACAAGAGGAUAAGGAAGAGGAUGAUACUGAGGAAGUCAUAGGACCCCUUUACGAAGGUCUAGUCCAUUUGAACUACCCACGAGACAUCACUGCAGAUGCUCUUAGAAGAUUUGGAUUCCCUGUCUCAGUCAUUCGUAGAAAGCCUAAAGUUGCUGCUAACUUGUCAUCUCCUUCUUUAGUUAUACAAUGUGAUGCAGUGGUUGUUGGUUCCGGCUCAGGAGGUGGUUUGGUAGCUGGUGUUUUGGCAAAAGCUGGUUACAAAGUGUUGGUCUUGGAGAAAGGAGGAUAUUCUGCUAGGAACAACCUUUCCCUUCUUGAAGGACCCACCAUGGAUCAAAUGUACCUAUCUGGGGGUCUGGUUGCAACUGAUGAUAUGGGUGUGUUCAUACUGUCAGGAUCCACUGUUGGUGGAGGAUCUGCAAUCAACUGGUCUGCAUGCAUUAAGACCCCUCAGCAUGUGUGCAAGGAGUGGAGUAAUAAGCAAGGGCUAGAGCUAUUUGAAAGUGAGUUGUAUAGAGAAGCUAUGGAUGCUGUGUGUGACAAGAUGGGAGUUCAAUCUGAGAUUGAAGAUGAAGGAUUCAACAAUGCAAUCCUUAGAAAAGGGUGUCAAGAAAUGGGGUAUCCUGUGAGUAAUAUUCCAAGGAAUUCUCCACCAGAUCACUAUUGUGGUUGGUGUUGUAUGGGUUGUAAGGAUGGGAGGAAGAAGGGUACCUCAGAAACAUGGUUGGUGGACUUGGUGAAAUCUGGGAAUGGAGCAAUUCUUCCAGGUUGUGAAGCAAUAAAAGUGUUGCACAUGAAAAAGGAAGGAAGAGAUAGAAAGAUAGCACGUGGAGUGGCUUUUGAGUUUGAAUAUAAAGGAACUAAAGACAUUUGUGUGGUGGAGUCUAAGGUCACAAUUGUAGCAUGUGGGGCACUACGUACUCCAGUACUGCUUAAAAGAAGUGGCUUAAAGAAUAAGAACAUAGGGAAACACUUGCAUCUUCAUCCAGUGACAAUGGCUUGGGGAUACUUCCCAGAUGCGCCAGCAUCUGAGGUGUGGCCACAGGCACAUAAAAAGAGCUAUGAAGGAGGGUUAAUGACAGCAAUGUCUCCAGUUGUUGCCGAGUUUGAACAAUCUGGAUAUGGUGCAGUUAUCCAAACACCUGCAUUGCAUCCUGGUAUGUUCUCAGUCGUCACACCAUGGACUUCUGGAACCGAUAUAAGAGACCGAAUGAGAAAGUUUUCAAGAACAGCUCAUAUAUUUGCACUGGCAAGGGACCAAGGAUCAGGGGCCGUGAAUUCACCUCACCGAAUCAGUUAUCAGAUGGAAGAUGUAGAUGAAGAGAAUUUAAAGAAGGGAAUCGAUAAGGUACUAAGAAUUCUGGCAGCAGCAGGAGCUGAAGAAAUUGGAACCCAUCACAAUAAGGGAAGGACCUUAAAUGUAAAGCAGGUGAGCUAUCAUGAAUUUGAGAAAUUUGUUAAAGAGGAAAGUUCAAGGCCAUUGACAGACCUUUCAACACCAUUGUGCUCAGCACACCAGAUGGGGAGUUGCAGAAUGGGUUCUAAUCCAAAGCAAUCAGUGGUGAGUCAGACAGGGGAGACAUGGGAAAUGGAGGGCCUUUAUGUGGCUGAUUCAAGUGUCUUCCCCACAGCUUUAGGUGUGAAUCCAAUGGUCACUGUUCAAGCUAUUGCUUAUUGCACAGCACAAUCUGUUCUUGAAGCUCUUAGAAGGAAAAGAAGUAAAUGAGAGGGGAAAAAAUCUCUUGCUGCUUUUGUAGCUCCAAUGGUAUUGAGUAUUCAUGUCAUGGCCUUGGGCAGAAAACCUUGUUCAAAUAAAAUAUUAUUCCCAAAAAACUGAAAUUGCAAUGAUCUUAAGAUAGGGAUUUGGCUCCUGCACUUUAGAGGAUAAAUUGUGGAAUAAUAACAUUGACUAGAAAAUUCUCGGUUGAGAUUUUAACUUCAUAAUUUAUUUUAUAUGUUACGAAUAUAAUUUAUCAUAAUCUCAACUGUUUGAGUUUAAAUCAAUGGUUACUAUUGUGAUUUAUCCUCUAAAGAGGGUGUCAUGUCCUUUAAAAGAGCUUCUCUAUUAACUCAUAAAGAGUAGCAGUAUUCUAGUUUUUUUUCAUAGCCAUUGCAGUAUUCUGUUUGACACUUUUAAGGCUUUAACAGAAACCUUGAGUACAGCUAGUACAUCCUCCCCAAGAAUGGAAAGGUGACCCAGACGACCUAGGUGUCCUCAGAUAACACUCUGGAUCGAUUUUUGGCCCCUGCAUAUUAGAUAAAAAUUUAACACACAAAGGGGGAAUCGGAUUUUAUCACACUAAUAACCACUUGAUCAAUCAUAUCAUUCAUUUAUAACAAGGCCUAUUGCUUUUGUUUAAAGUUUGUUAAAAACUUGAAAACAAAUUUUCAUCUAUUUGUAGAGAAAACAAAUCCUUCCCAACAAUGCCACUUUAAUCUGCAUGAAAUUUACAAAAUCUCAAGAGUUAUUUAUGAGCCAGUGAAAAAUAUGACCAGUGCCACAGAAAGUGAAUAUGUGUCAUCAUAACCUCAAAAGGUAAAAUUUAGAUUGUGAGGGAUUAUAUAUUUGGAGUAUUCAAGAAUUACUCAAUCUGCAGACAUUAGCAGGAGGGUAGGAGCUGGCAUCAUCAGGAUAUAUAUUCAUUUUUCCAAAAUUUAUCCUACAUUCCUUAACAUCCAGGAAAGGUCUUUCAGAUCCAUACUUAAUUUUCAUUCAUAUCCAGUCAGACCUAAACCCUGAAACAAAAACAGCCAGAAAAACUAGAGCAGCGUGAUAAUCAAGUUUCCACUCUCAUCAUAAAGCAACUACAUCACAAUUAACAAUUGCACCUCCUUUCCCAAAAUAAUGGAAUCACUGCUCCUUGGUGUAGCUGAGGGAAUUAAAUCAAAAGAAAGCAAUAUUACUUCAACAUUUAAUUAACGUAUAAUGCAUAGACAAUAUUCCUCCCCAGUUAGACUAUUUAGUAGCCCAUAUCUAAGUUGCAUUUAGAUAAUUGUCCUUUGGAUUGAAUUAAGCUCAUUUAAUUUAAAGUUAAGCGGAAUUGAUUUUGAAAAAAUAAAAUUUAUUUUAAGUCAUUAAACAUGAUUGAGAAUUUGAGAUACGUACAUAAAUUAAUUUGAAUUAUAUAUUUUUAUUGGAAUGAGUGUUUUUCAUUAGAAUGUAUUGAGACUUUCAAGGUAAUUUAUCACUAUUUCAUUGUCCCUUGGGUGGCAGUUCCCUCCACAAUGAGACGGACACCUUAUCAAAAAGAGGGACUGGUAUCACUAAAAGCACUCUAGAUCAAACAGGGCAAAAUUCACAAACAAAUGUUGCUGUCAAGUGAUAUGAAUCAGCACCUCACUAGGAUAAGAUAUUCUUCUCAUGUUGUAACAGCUAAACCCCCAAAACCAUAAUAAUUUUUUUUAUAAAGUGCUAAAUACACUCUCUAAAAUGCAAAUUAAUAAUCUUCAAUGUCAGC